AUGUACUGCAACAGCCGAUGGAUGAAGACUCCCUUAGCCAAGGCCGUACAUGGAAUUUUUGAUGUCACCGUAGAAACAAUGUCCACCGUUGACGAUAGGCAGACUGUUACAAAUCAGGGAAUAUCGCUGUUCUACGGCUUUGUUCGACGUUUUGAUAGUGACAUUGAAGUGCUUCGUGCUUUCGUUAGUGGUUUGGAAGAACUUGGUAAUUCUCUUCAAGCAGGAACUCCUCCAUCUUCGACGUUUGAAAAGAGGCGCAUGAUUGAAGAAUUUUACGGAAUGCCAAGGCCUGAAGUUGUAGAGGUCCAUCCUCCGGAUGUCGUAAAGACGAAGGGUCAUGCUAGCAGCUCCGCGAGCCGAUUGGUUUCAAAGAGAGAAAAGGCUAUAAAGGAGGCUGCUAGGCCUCUUAGACGUUGUAAGGCGUGCGAUGAGUUGGGCCAUCACGACUCUAGAAACUGUCCAAUGCUUAAAGAGCUGGAGAAGGAGAAAGCGCUUAGCAAAGGGAAGAGGAAAGCUUGA